UCUCUCUCUCUCUUUCUCAUUCUGUCAGUUAGUGUGUCCUCAGAAUGAGGUUAGCAGCACCAGUAGCAGCAGCAGCAGCAGUAGAUAGAGACAGCAGAGGAACAGUUACUGCAGCAGCCAGGAGAGGCUGUCCUUCAGCCGUGCACCAUCUACCGCUGCAUUCACCCCUGCCCUGAGAACGCAACACUCAUCUCUGUGCUCUCUUUCUGCAUCUCUCCCUGCUCCUCCCUCACCUUCUGUCCUCCUUGAAAUUCGUCUUUUUGAAUUUGCCUCCUUUCUCUCUCUCUUCCUCUGUUUCUCUGUAGCAGUGAUGGGGGAGACCACCAUGUAGAGACAGAGAGGCAGCGGAGGCAACAGCAGAACAGCAGCAAUGGGAAGCCACACAUGGAGCGGGUCUGGACUGCAGCCGUGGUGAGCCUGAGACUGACAGGACUUGCAUCUACCAUCAUUGCCCUUCUCAGGACCUGACCACUGGGGCUGUCCAGUGCUUACCUGGAUGCUCCCCACUUGUAUUUUUUCAUCCCCUCCGCUUCUCCUCCUCUGCUGCGCUCUCUCCUCUUCCUCUUUUCUUCUCUUUGAUGGUUUUUAGUCUGCUGAAAUCUGUCGUUCCUGAAACAGAGAAGCUAUUCGUCAAUUUACCCAAACGGAUUUUUUCUGCUUUUUAAUCCUUGUAUCUGCUUACUUUUCUCUGACAAGAUUUUUUUCUUCUUUUUGUUGCUGUUGCCUCAUUCACACCUAUUUUGGAUUUUUUUUCUCCGAAGAGACUGAGCUCUCUUGUGAAAGCUUUUGUUUGAUCUAUAAGCAAUAAGAAACACUAAUCUAACUGACUUAACUAGCUGGCAUCAUGGGAGACAUGUCCAACAGCGAUUUUUAUGCCAAGAACCAAAGAAAUGAGGGCAACCAUGCAGCAGCCUUUGGCUGCUCGCUCAUGGAGCUGCGCUCGUUGAUGGAGCUGCGUGGAACAGAGGCGGUGGUCAAGCUCCAGGAGGACUACGGGGGAGUAGAAGGACUGUGCAAACGACUGAAAACCUCACCCACAGAAGGUCUUGCAGGUGCCCAAACUGACCUGGACAAGAGAAAAGAAAUAUUUGGUAAAAACCUGAUACCUCCAAAAAAGCCAAAAACCUUCCUGCAGCUGGUAUGGGAGGCCCUGCAGGAUGUCACCCUCAUCAUCCUGGAGAUUGCUGCCCUGAUCUCCCUGGGCCUUUCUUUCUACCACCCUCCUGGAGAAAGUGGCGGAGAGUCCUGCGGCGCAGCAGCAGGCGGAGUGGAAGAUGAGGGUGAGGCAGACGCUGGUUGGAUUGAGGGUGCUGCCAUCCUGUUGUCCGUAGUGUGUGUGGUGCUUGUGACAGCCUUCAAUGACUGGUCAAAGGAGAAGCAGUUUCGUGGACUGCAGAGCCGCAUUGAGCAGGAGCAGAAAUUCCAGGUGGUCCGUGGUAGCCAGGUCAUCCAACUGCCUGUGGCUGAUAUAGUGGUGGGGGAUAUCGCCCAGAUCAAAUAUGGUGAUCUGCUUCCUGCUGAUGGAGUGUUGAUCCAGGGUAAUGACCUGAAGAUUGAUGAGUCAUCACUGACUGGAGAGUCUGACCAUGUCAAGAAGUCUGCAGAUAAGGACCCAAUGUUGCUGUCUGGGACCCAUGUGAUGGAGGGGUCAGGGCGCAUGGUGGUGACUGCUGUUGGUGUCAACUCUCAGACUGGAAUCAUCUUUACACUGCUAGGGGCUGGCGUAGAGGAAGAGGAGAAGAAAGAAAAGAAAGGAGGGGCAGUGGAAGACGGACACCAGAAUACAGACUGCUCCCAUCCCCCUAUCCACCCCAUCGCAACUAUAGCCACGGAUGGGGCUGCAGGCAUUAAUGCCCCUGGCAGUGCCAGCCUAAUUAAUGGUAAAAUGCAAGAUGGCAAUAUGGAGAGCAACCAGAUUAAAGUGAAGAAGCAGGAUGGAGCAGCUGCCAUGGAGAUGCAGCCUCUAAAGAGUGCUGAAGGCGGAGAGGCUGACGAGAAAGAGAGGAAGAAAGUGUCAGCUCCAAAGAAAGAGAAGUCUGUGCUGCAAGGGAAGCUAACCAAACUGGCUGUCCAGAUUGGCAAAGCAGGUUUGCUCAUGUCUGCCAUUACAGUUAUCAUCCUGGUCCUGUACUUUGCCAUUGACAACUUUGUGAUGCAGAAGCGCCCUUGGAUGCCAGAGUGCACUCCCAUCUACAUCCAGUACUUUGUCAAGUUCUUCAUCAUUGGUGUAACUGUUUUGGUGGUGGCUGUCCCGGAGGGGCUGCCGCUUGCUGUCACCAUCUCUCUGGCCUAUUCUGUUAAGAAAAUGAUGAAAGACAACAACCUGGUGCGUCACUUGGAUGCAUGUGAAACAAUGGGCAAUGCUACAGCCAUCUGUUCUGACAAGACAGGCACGCUAACUACCAACCGCAUGACAGCUGUGCAGUUAUACGUUGGUGAUGUACAUUACAAAGAGAUACCAGAUCCUGGAGUUCUGCCACCCAAAUCAUUGGAUUUACUUAUCAAUGCCAUCUCAAUCAACAGCGCCUAUACCACAAAGAUACUGCCCCCAGAUAAGGAAGGCGGUCUCCCGAAACAGGUGGGCAACAAGACAGAGUGUGGCCUGCUGGGACUAGUCUUGGACCUGAAGCGGGAUUACCAGCCAAUAAGAAACCAGAUCCCAGAGGAGAAGCUUUACAAAGUCUACACCUUCAACUCUGUCAGGAAGUCGAUGAGCACUGUCAUAAAGCUGCCUGAUGGUAGCUUCCGCAUGUACAGCAAGGGAGCCUCUGAGAUUGUACUCAAAAAAUGCAGCCAUAUCCUAAACGAGGUGGGUGAACCAAGGGUUUUCCGUCCACGAGACAAGGACGAGAUGGUGAAGAAAGUGAUUGAGCCCAUGGCGUGUGAUGGCCUGAGGACCAUCUGUGUGGCAUACCGUGACUUUUCCAGCAAUCCUGAGCCCAACUGGGAUGAUGAGAACAGCAUCCUGAAUGACCUCACAGCCAUCUGUGUUGUCGGAAUAGAGGACCCCGUCAGGCCAGAGGUGCCCGAUGCUAUUCAAAAGUGCCAGCGUGCAGGCAUCACAGUGCGUAUGGUGACAGGAGAUAAUAUAAACACAGCCCGGGCCAUAGCCAUCAAGUGUGGUAUAAUCCACCCAGGAGAGGACUUCCUGUGCAUUGAUGGCAAAGAGUUCAACAGGAGGAUCCGCAAUGAGAAAGGAGAGGUGGAACAGGAGCGUAUUGAUAAGGUUUGGCCUAAACUCCGAGUACUGGCUAGAUCAUCCCCAACCGACAAACACACACUCGUAAAAGGGAUUAUUGACAGCACUAUGGCAGACCAGAGGCAGGUGGUGGCUGUGACAGGAGAUGGGACCAACGAUGGGCCUGCUCUAAAGAAAGCUGACGUUGGAUUUGCCAUGGGUAUUGCUGGUACAGAUGUGGCCAAGGAAGCGUCCGAUAUCAUUCUUACUGAUGAUAACUUCAGCAGCAUCGUGAAAGCAGUUAUGUGGGGCCGAAAUGUCUAUGACAGCAUCUCCAAGUUUCUUCAGUUCCAGCUUACUGUCAAUGUUGUGGCUGUCAUUGUGGCUUUCACUGGUGCCUGCAUCACACAGGACUCUCCUUUGAAAGCAGUGCAGAUGUUGUGGGUGAACCUUAUCAUGGAUACUUUUGCAUCCCUGGCUCUGGCGACAGAGCCUCCCACAGAGUCUCUGCUUAAGAGGAAGCCAUACGGUCGCAAUAAGCCUCUGAUCUCCAGCACCAUGACAAAGAACAUCUUAGGACACGGAGUCUAUCAGCUCAUUAUUAUCUUCACACUGCUCUUUGUUGGUGAGCAGAUUUUUGACAUCGACAGUGGCCGCAAUGCUCCUCUUCACUCUCCUCCCUCUGAACACUACACCAUCAUCUUCAACACUUUUGUCAUGAUGCAGCUGUUUAAUGAGAUAAAUGCCCGCAAAAUCCAUGGAGAGAGGAAUGUUUUUGAUGGCAUCUUCAGGAACCCCAUCUUCUGCUCUAUUGUUUUUGGCACAUUUGCUGUGCAGAUUGUGAUUGUGCAAUUUGGAGGGAAGCCAUUCAGCUGUCAACCUCUAAACUUGGAAAAGUGGAUGUGGUGUGUUUUCCUUGGUCUGGGAGAGCUUGUGUGGGGACAGGUGAUAGCCACCAUACCCAAUAGCAGGCUGCGCUUCCUGCGGCGGGCAGGGCAGUUAACUCAGAAAGAUGAGCUGCCAGAGGAGGAUGUUAAUGAAGAAAAUGAGGAGAUCGACCACGCAGAGAGGGAAUUGAGGAGAGGACAGAUCCUGUGGUUUAGAGGACUCAACCGCAUUCAGACUCAGAUUGAAGUAGUCAACACCUUCAAGAGUGGCACCUCCUUUCAGGGGGCGGGGGCUCUGAGACGCCAGUCAUCCACCACCAGCCAGACCCAGGAUAUCCGAGUUGUGAAUGCAUUCCGUAGCUCCCUCUAUGAAGGCCUGGAAAAACCAGACUCCAGAACAUCCAUCCACAACUUCAUGACACAUCCCGAGUUUAGGAUAGAAGACUCCACACCUAACAUCCCCCUUAUUGAUGACACGGACGAUGAUUCUGCUCGUAGAAGGAGGAAGUACUCUAGCCAGCCCUCGUCCCCUAACAAGAACAACAACGCCAUUGACAGUGGCAUUAAUCUCACUAUCGAUACCAGUAAAUCAGCUGCUUCCUCCAGUCCUGCCAGUCCUCUGCACAGCUUGGAGACCAGCCUCUAACCCUGAUCCUAAACUCAGCUCUAACCUCUAAUGUUGAUUCCUCACAUUGUGGGGGCACCUCCUUCAAUUCCUCCAGACCUUUAACUGUAACCAUACAAGUCUUCACCCCAAAAUGUUCACCCAUUUCUCAACUUUGAGUCCCCCAAACCACCAUAUACCACUGACACAGGGCAUGUCCUGGGGGGAAAAAAUGUCCAUCAUUCUCCCUUAACCUAGAGCCCUUAAAGCGCUCUGCUCCUUUCAAAGUGGAGAAAAUCUAAGUAAUAUGUCAAGGUGAAAAGAAAAGCAAACUAGCAUACAAUCAAAAAAGCGCAACAAAGCCACAAAACCUACACAGCCAUCCUGUUCUUGUGGUUGUAUGAAUACGGUGGCAGUCAUGGUGGUGUGUAUGACAAUAUACUUGUACUGGUUAGCAUGUACUGUAUAAGCGUGGGUCUGACUGCACAGAUGUAUGAACGGUGUCUUUAGCAGCACUGGGAGGUGGACGAUGAGGAGGGAGACUGCUGAGGAGUCAAAAUCACAGAAGAGGACAGACUUUAAACUCUGCUUACACUCCCUCUCCUCAACAAAAAACAUUGUUAAUACUGAUAAUAGUUUAAAUUAAAUUGAAACGAUAUUGUUAUUAUUCUAAUUCUGAUUCUGAUUAUUAUCGUUAUUAUUAUUGUUGCUCCUGCAUGAAUGUACAUUACCCAGGUUUUAUUUAAAAGGGUUUUAAUUUUAUUGGAGUUCUUUGGUUCUGAUGGGCUAGGCCUCACUGUGGACUGCAAUUUUAAAGACAGCUUCUCUGAGUUUCCGGCCUGCAAAGUUCCCUCUUCUGUGUGGCAUGAACAUGUACCCAACUGUAUAAAUUUAUUUCAUCCAUAAACAGAAAUGUGUAUUGAGGUGGUAGGGCUCAACUUGCACAAUAGUUUUGCACCUGUUGGUAAAGAGGAACACAAAAUAAUAAUAAUGAUGAUAGCAUUUAUGGGAUAUAUUCUAUUAAUAUAAAUACAUAUAAAUAUAUUUAGAGAGAGUUUAUCUUUGUUUGUUGGCAUGUUGCCUUGUUCCUGCUUCAGUGGCUCCAAUAACUUUGACUUAUUUAUGUCUUAAAGAGAAUGUAAUUUGUUUACAACCUCGUAGAGAUGAACUUCCUGGUUUCUGGUUUUACAAGGAGAAAGGAGAAAUUGAAGCUCAGAUGGACCAGAGCUGUGUCAGUGUGUUAUUACUGAAAAACCCUGUGCUGGAAUUUGCCUGCUGUCUUGUCAAAUAAUGUAGAUAUUUUUAGAGGUUUAACAACAAAAAGAAACCAAAAUAUAACGGGAUACAUAGUAAAUGUGGAAUCUUAGUAUUACUCUAUAUGAUUGUUGGGAUCAAGUUGGAGUGGCUUGCCUUUGGUUUUUCUAAACAGAGGCCUCCUUUUUGUGACAGAGGGGGAUAUUUAAUUAUUUUUAUCCACUGCUUGUUCUCUUAUGUUGUUGUUUUUUUUUCUGUGCUUCAGCACUGGCCUGGGGUCAGGGCUCGAGUCAAAGGCUGAUAUCAGGACCUUCAUAGUGAACUCUUCUAGAUAAACCUGCUUCUUCAAAGGACUUGAUAUUUUAAAAGAAAUCUAUGACCAUCAAAAGGCUGCAGCUGAGUCAUAUUAGAAAUUUGCAGUUAUAUUUGGCUUACCUGUACCGCACGGAAAUCAAACGAUUUGGUUUAAAACAUGGAAUAUUUUGUGUUGUCUAUUUUUUAUUUGACCUUUGGUUUAUUUUUGUUUAAAGGCAUUUCUUUUCCUCUAGCAGAGACACAUGCAGCCCCACAAAGCUGUUGACAUUUUUAACAUCUAAGAAAACAGAAAAACUGACAAAAAAAAAAAAAUGACAACAAAAAUGGAAUGUUGCUUUGACUCUUUUUCUAUAUAUAUGAAAAAAAGAUUUUCUGCACUAUCUGGUUAUGAAUGAAAACUUCUGUGGUGUAAUUCUAGAUGUGCUUUUGUGUGUUUUAACCAAGCUUGUCUUCCUGCCGUCACAGAAUAUACAGUACUCUAGCAUCUCAACUGUACUCACUAGUUGUAAACUAUUUAUUGUGCUUUGACCAAUCAGACAUUACCAGAGAGAUGUUACAUGCAGAAGGCACAUUUACCCAGUCUUAUUGCACUCAGAAGGACAGGGCCACUUAACUAGCCUGUACUAUUGUUAUUUCUAUUACUAACCUAAAUCACUGGCAAGCAUGACGUGAUAGGCUCAUUAUGCAACUUGAAAAAACAAUUUUUCUAAUUUAAAAAAAUCCUAUACGCUACUACAGUAUAUAUGAUCAUUUAUCCAAGAAGUUCUAUCUUUCUUCUUUUGUUUUUUUAAUAUCCUCCUCCUCUGUCAUUUCCCAGCCAAUCUGUCCAUCUGGAGAAGGUGCACAAGCUUUACCAGUCAGCUCAGGCGUGUUGAAAAAGUAACAUGGGCCAUCUGAAUAAAAAUCUGUCUUAUUUAAGUUGAAGGAAAAAAAACAGUUUGGGUUCUAAUAUUUCUGCUUGAAAGCUCUUGAUUUCUUUUUUCUUUCCAUUCUUUUAAAUUGUUUGUCUGUAAAAAAAAAAAAAGUAAAACAAUAAACAAAACAAAAAACGUAAUAGCAUUUUCAAUACUAUAAUUAAAAAAAAAAAGACUUAAGCCAAUAUUCUCAAACCACUUUUACAUCCAGGAGGACAUUCAGCUUUAAGGGGAUGCAAAGAAACCACGUUUAAAAAUAAUCUUUGUAAAUACAGCAAUGAGUCCACUGAGGACAGGAACUCAAAUGCGAACUGGUGUAAAAACAGGAACUCUUCCUGACUACAUCUACCAUGAUGCACCGCAAUGAGUCAUACUGCCAAUGCAGCUGUUUGGCUGUAUGCAAUCAAUCACUGCUCCUGUCAGAAAACAUUGUGAUUUCAUCCCAAUCAUAACACGUGCUGUAAGAACCAAUAACUUUGAUGAUACUGAUGACGAUGAUGAUGAUGAUGAUGAUGAUGACAGUGAUGAUGAUAAUGAUGAUGAUGAUGAUGAUAACAAUGAUACUUCUUGCAAUAUACUCUCACCUGCCUCGAUGUACUGUAUUUAGCAGCAUGCAGUUUGUGGAACAAAGAAAAAGAGAAAUGCCAACAGAUAACUUUUUGGCAUACUUAGCCAUUUAUGGGUAAGUGAUUUAUGUGUUCAUCUUGUUUUUAUGAUAUUUUUUUUUUUUAUCUAUACAAUAAUUGUAAAUAAAGAACUCAUUGUCUUUGUUCAUUUACUACUA